AUGACGACUACACAAACUUCGGCAUCUAUAGCUGACCGCUACAGCAACCGCAUAGUUCUCACAACCUAUCCCUGUCAAAGCGUCGCGAAUCCAAUUCCACUGGAAUGGGGUGCAUCCACCCCUGAGGAACGAGGACCCGUCAUUGUGUCUAGAUCAAAGAACACGCUCAGCAAGCGCAACGCAAUCGGCGCCCAUGGUGGCAGCUAUGCAAUCUACACGGCACUCGCCAUUGCCUCCGGGCAGCUAGAUGCCGACUUCCGGCCUAACUUUUUGAACACCCAGCCGACUUUUGACUUUCCUGUCCAGCCAGCAUGGAGCGACAAGAAGAAAAUCGUAUCGAUGGACCCGUUUGGCCAUGAUAUCGUGAAAUACUACGGUCGCUACCUGGAGGACGGAAUCGAUGUGCGCCCUACGAUAGCGGUGACGAGAGCAACCAUGCGUGUCUCUGAAAUCACCGAAGCAAUUAAGAUUGGACGUCUUCCGAUCGAUGAACAUAUCGUUCUGAACAAGUUGGGGGAUGUCAGGGUUACCAAGGUGGCGGUCGAGCCAGUCUGGUAUCUUCCUGGCGUCGCUGAGCGCUUCGGGGUAGAUGAGACCCUUCUCCGCAGGGCGUUGUUCGAGCAUACCGGUGGCAAUUAUCCAGAGCUGAUUACCCGGCCGGAUAUGAAGGUUUUCCUUCCACCUAUUGGCGGUCUCACGGUGUACAUUUUUGGCCCUCCCGAGCGCGUGUCAGAUCCCAACAUCCGCCUUGCAUUGCGAAUCCACGACGAAUGCAACGGUUCUGAUGUCUUCCAAUCAGAUAUCUGUACCUGCCGUCCAUACUUGGCGUUCGGUAUCGAGGAAGCCAUUAAAGAGGCGCAGAAUGGAGGCUCCGGGGUCGUGAUCUACUUCCGUAAGGAAGGUCGUGCGCUUGGAGAAGUCGUGAAAUACCUGGUGUAUAACUCGCGGAAGAGAGGUGGCGAUACAGCAGACAAAUACUUCCAGAGGACGGAAAAUAUCGCCGGAACGAAGGAUAUGCGCUUCCAAGCCCUUAUGCCUGAUAUUCUGCAUUGGUUAGGUAUUACCAAGGUGGACCGUAUGCUAUCGAUGUCCAAUAUGAAGCACGAUGCCAUCGUCGAGCAAGGGAUCCCGAUCCAUGAGCGAGUGCCAAUUCCAGACGAUAUGAUACCGGAGGAUUCUCGCGUUGAGAUUGACGCCAAAAUCCACUCUGGUUACUUUACUACAGGAAAGCAGUUGACAGAAGAAGACUUGAAGCAGGUGAAGGGUCGUGGAUGGGAGUCUUGGGAAGAUGUUACGGUGUGUUCCAUUACCCGGAUCUUCAUGCAUCCAAAUGGCUAA